AUGGAUAGCUCUUUAGUGAGACAGCUUGGACUGCAUGGUCGACAAAGUCAAUUGAAUUUGUGUUGGUAUGGUGGUAAAUCGGCACAAGAACCAGUUAUGGUGGUGGAUCUUCAUGUGAGUGGUGUUAAUAAGAAGAGGAAAUAUGCUUUGAAAAAUUUGUAUGGUGUCUCGAAUUUGAAGUUGCCUAGUCAGAGUUUUAAUGCGGAUUUAGUAAAGUAUCAUGGUGUGCCUUUAAACUCAUAUGAAUGUGUGGCUCCAAAGGUACUAAUUGGAUUGGACCAUUGCCAUUUAGGAUUGCCCGAUGAAAUAGUCCCUUUGGAAGAUGCUGGUCCAUAUGCUGCCAAUACUCCUCUUGGAUGGGUUGUUUUUGGAAACGUGAAAGGAGGUCGCCCUGGAACACAAACAUGUUUGCUGACACAGUUGGAUAAUUUAAAUAAUUUGGUGGCAAAUUAUUUUGAAACUGAAAGUUUUGGUGUUAAGGCUCUACCAGUGAUUGAGUCAAGAGAUGAUUUACGUGCACGAGAGAUAUUGAGAAAUUCGACGAAGAGGUUUGCCGGAAGAUUUGAAUCCAGACUACUAUGGUGUAAUGAUGACGUAGUCCUGCCGGAUAGCUAUUCCAUGGCCCUUAAUGGAUUUUUUGGAAUGGAAAGAAAAAUGAAAAAUAAUCCUGAAUUUGGUGCGGCCUAUAAACAAAUAAUGAGUGAAUAUUUGCAGAAGCGGCAUAUACGCAAAUUAUCAUUGAGUUAA